UAAACCAAUCCACGCUCCGAAAGUACAACACAGCCUAUGAUCGGCAUUUGGACUCGAGCCGCAAAUACUCUGGACGUCAAUUUGCGAUCGGGUUGCUGCGGCACAGCGUGAAAGGGGAAGAUGGGAGCUGGGACCCUGGCUUUCCCUUAAACGCGUGUCCAUCUUCGAACUGCCGCAUAGUGGGCUCCAGGAUGUCUUUCCACGCGUCUCGAGCUCUUAUUCGGUUACCUCGAGCUCUAAGCUGCUGUCGUUAGGGAGGUCCUCCACACCCCUUCGCUGUUAACAACCCCCCGAUUGGCAUAAUGUCUCCUCCGGGGUCGGCUGCGACUGCCAGUGAAAGCAGCACGACCACCACCACCGCCACUGUGUGUGAGGAGAACACCAGAGAGGAGCAAAAACCCCUCAAGAAAUCUCUGAGCAAGUCAGUAUGCCGGGAGAGUUUCUGGAAAUGCCUCCUCCUGUCGGUUCUCAUGUACGGUUGCAUGGGAGCCAUGGUUUGGUGUCAUGUCACAGAGGUGACGCGGCUUACCUUUGACAGUGCAUUCAAAGGGAAAUCCAUGAUGUACCACGACAGUCCCUGCUCAGAUGGCUACAUAUAUAUUCCUCUUGCCCUGCUGGCCAUGCUUUACCUGGUCUACCUGGUGGAAUGCUGGCACUGUCACGUGCAGAAUGAGCUGCAGCACAAAGUCGACGUGGAGGGCAUUUAUGAGCGGAUUCAGAGAAUGCAGCAAGCAAAACCUUGCAUCUGGUGGAAGGCCAUCAGUUACCACUACGUGCGUCGCACCCGGCAGGUCACCCGCUAUCGCAACGGGGAUGCGUACACCAGUACCCAAGUGUACCACGAGCGAGUCAACACUCAUGUGGCGGAAGCUGAAUUUGACUACGGUCACUGUGGAGUGAAAGAUAUCUCCAAACAGCUGCUCAGCCUGGAAAAGUCAGCCCUCACAAAGAUCCGUUUUACCAAGUGUUUUAGCUUUGCUAAUGUUGAGUCUGAGAAUUCGUACCUCACACAACGAGCAAGAUUUUUCACUGACAACGAAGGGCUCGAUGACUAUAUGGAAGCCAGGGAAGGCAUGCACCUGAAAAGCAUUGACUUGAAGGAAUAUGUCAUGGCUCUGUCUGACCCUGAGCACCACCCCUGGUAUUUGUCCCAUCACGUCUUUUGGUUCGCCUCAUUCCUCACCUUCUCGUGGCCUCUACGGGUGUUCAUAGAGUAUCGCACUGCAUACGUCCACUACCGCGUGGAGAAGCUCUUCGGACAUGAUUACAUUCCAGUGACACCGUGUGACGACAGGCCAUAUUGGCGACGUAUCCCUCGUGUCAACACCAUUGACAGUACGGAAUUGGAGUGGCACAUUCGGUCCAACCAGCAGUUGGUGCCCAGUUACUCAGAGGCAGGCCUCAUGGACCUAGCACAGUGCCCCUCCACCUUCAAUCGCAUUCGUCAGAAUUGUGAGCGCUGCCACAGGGCCGUCAGUUGCUCCUCGGUGUUCUCCAGAAGCGCCCUCAGCAUCUGCACAGGAGCCAGCUCCAGAAUCCCCUUCAGCGGCAGUCGAUUCUCCCUGGCCCGACGCUACGGAUCACAAAGGAGCUGCUUUUGGCGGAGCGGAAGUUUGGACGACCAGGAGAGUCCCAGCGAAAACACCCGCUGUCUGUCAGAACGCCUCAACACGGAUGAUGAAGAGCCCCCAGACUAUGAGGACGCGUUGUGCUACCCGGUCCUCAUUGUCCACUGCAACGAAAACUGCCACAACCACAGGUCCUUCCACAGAAACGGCUCUUGUGUGGAGACUUCACUGUAACUGUGCUUCAAAAAAAAAAAAAAAAAUUCUGUAGCAUACAAACACUUGGCUGCAUGUGAGAUAUACACACAAAUGCCAAAUCCUGAAUGUGUGAAUCACCAAAGCAAUAAGUGUAA